UCCACUCCAUUCAGGUUGCCUUCUCUGUUUCUGCCAUCGAAAUUCUGCUUCCCAUCUUGCUGCGAACGCUACUAUUCGUCAACACAAUGCCUUCUUCGACGCCGUCCUCGCAUCGACAAAAGCGAGCAUUUCUUCCUUCGAAUCAAACUUCUCUCGACACGUUCUUCCGCAAUGCCCCCUCAUCAGAGUCAUCGUCGCCUGGCCAGGUGGUAUCCGACCGUGAAGGGCUCGCCCCAGCCCUCCCAGCCUCCAUCCAGUCCAAUCUUCUCACCGUUGGCAUGAGAGUGCGCAAAUCCGUCCCAGAAGGCUACAAAACACAUAAGCUCGGCUUUCAUGACGUCCGUUCGACCGACGUAAGACUUCCAGAUGCCCCAAGCACGGUCAGUGCCGCGCGACCUGCGGAAUUACAGCCAUAUUGUGGCUUGCUCAACGUUGGUGGAUACGGCCCGCAGGAGCGAACGUACAGCACAUCGGGACUCGGCAGCGACUAUAUUCCCGUAGACGCAAGCGGAGUAAAUUUGCAAUCGGCCGACCCUCUUGACUUUCCGUUCUCCUCGCAAGAGUCCAAUAUAUCAUCAGCCAGUAAUCUUUCCACGGAUAGCAUGCCGGCGCGCAACCCAAUCCUCCAGCCCUCUUUCUCAAAUGCGAACGCAAACAUGAACACCACGAAGCGCUCGUCAAAACGCGCGUUGCAAGUAGAUGACGACGAGGAUCUCGGACUACCCUUCCCUCAGCCGCAAACACACUCGUCACGAGCAUUUGCACGGCCCAAACUAGGUCGCCGUCGCAGCCCGCGACUCGCGCAGCAACAAUCAACGCUACACAGUUUCAAUUUCACACCACCACCCAACGAUGGGGUCGACUUUGAGGAAGCGACCUUUUUCAAGGCCGAUGACUGGAAGGAUAACGACAUGGACACCGAGAACGACAUUUGAUCCUUGUUCGAAUCACUCUGUUUUAUUAGCAGCGCUUUGAUUAUAUCACAACACACUCAUUGAAUACAUCUUGUACAGCACAAAACUGUGCGCCAGCCAGCAUAUCUCGCAUUAGAAAAACGAAGCCUCAUCGUCGGCAUGAACUGCU